AUGCAUCUGCCGAUGCGCGCCCCGCCACUGACGACGUCAACCUGUCGUCCCGUGGUAUGGGGUCGGGACCGCUCGACAUACGACGCGCAUGAUUCGGAUGCCUGUCAGAGUGACGGAUGUGAGAACUGGGGCUCCGUAACCACCACAAUCACGCUCGACAACACCUUCAACAGCCCGUUGAACAAGGACGGGUCUGGUGGCAGCGUCCAACCGGAGGUUGACUCCGAGGUCAAAGAGCCGCGACCGUUCGUAUACCUCGACUUUGCUGGUGAGAUGACUUCGGUUACCGUCACCGCGUUGACGGUUGACGGCGAAGACGUUCUCGGCGACCUCUCAUCGGUCGGCGACAACCGCUUCCUCUACUGGCCACAAGAUCUCGACUUCGGAACCCACGAGGUUGCGUUCGACGCCAGACGCAGCUGA